AUGGCCAGAUUCCACACAGACUGCAUAGAGAGACACCUGCGCAUCUGUUUUGAGAUGAUGGGUCACUUUAUCGGAUCUCAUCCCUGGUGGUUCCUGAUCACCCCCCUUGUUCUCUCUGCGAGUCUGGGGAGUGGAUUUUAUCUUCUCGAGGACAGAAUGUCAAAUGAUAUCGAGGAGCAGUUCACACCUGUCGAUGGACGAGCCAAGCUGGAGAGGAAAUAUAUCCAAGAAACAUUUCCAGGAAGCCAUUCCAUGUUUUCACGUUUGAGACUGAGCACAAAUGGGAAUUAUGCGACUCUUAUAGCUUCAGGUGACAGGAAUAUUCUGAGUGUGGAGUCACUCCAGGACAUCCUAGACUUGGACUUUAAAGUCAGGAGUAUGGUGGUGCAGUUUGACAACCAGUCAUUUCAAUAUGAGGAUGUUUGUGCUGAAGUGAUGGGAUCCUGCACCUCAAAUGAUAUUUUAGAUAUCAUUGAGUACAAAUCCAAUAUAGACACAGUUAAUUUGACAUAUCCGUGGUAUUACUCUGGUUUUGGGAGGUUUCCUUUAUAUUUAAGUCUGGGGAGUGUGACACUGCACAAUGAGAGCUCAGUUGUUGAAAGUGCAAAAGCCAUUCAGCUCCAUUACUAUUUAAGUGAGGACAACAAAACAAAGACGGACGUUUGGUUGGAAAGCUUCAUUAGUUUGGUCUCAAACAUGUCAUCAGCUUACAUUCAGGUGUCAUACUCCACCUCCAUGUCAAUGCAGUGGGAAUUCAAGAAAUCUCCAGCUUCUGUCAUCUAUUUAUUCUCCAUCACCUACGCCAUUGCCAUCACAUUUUCCAUCAUAUCAUGUUGGAGGUUGGAUAAUGUCAGGACGAAGGUGUGGGUGGCGACCUGUGGGGUGCUCUCCACGGGUCUGGCGGUCCUGAGUGGUUUUGGUGCUCUGCUGUUGCUGGAUCAACCUUUUGUCAUGACAGUUGCUUCCUGUCCUUUCAUGAUAUUGGGUAUCGGACUCGAUGAUAUGUUCAUCAUGAUCUCCUGCUGGCAGAGGACCUGCGUCCUGGACAGCGUCCCCGACCGGCUGGCUGACACCUACAAGCACGCUUCUGUCUCCAUCACCAUCACCACCCUGACCGAUGCUCUGGCUCUCUUCCUGGGCUACACCUCGUCCUUUGGUUCUGUCCGGUCCUUCUGCCUGUACGCUGGGAUUUCUAUUUGCUUCUGCUACCUGUACAGCAUCACUUUCCUGGGGGCGUGUAUGGCUCUGAACGGACAGAGGGAGGCAGAGAACAAGCACUGGUUCACCUGUGCCAAAGUCCCGGAAGACUUACCCUCCAGGAGUUCGAAAGCCUUCAGUGUGUGCUGCGUUGGGGGGCGAUACGAUCGAAUGACCGAGAUGGAGGACACUGAGCCCAUGAGUCAAAUGUUUGAGCGGUUCUAUGGUCCGUUUCUGACCCACAAAUGGGUGAAAGCAUGUGUCUUUGUCAUUUACGCAUGCUAUCUGGCUGCUAGCAUCUAUGGUUGUUUUAUCUUACAGGAGGGACUCGACACAAGGAAUCUGGCUUUGGACGAUUCCUACAUUGUCAAUUAUUACAACAAUCAAAGGCAACACUUCUCCAAAUACAGCUAUAAUGUGAUGGUAGUGGUGAAGCAGCCGAUCUCGUACUGGGACAAGGGUGAACUGGAGCAUCUGCGUUCAUGCAUUUCAAACUUUGAGGAUUUGAAUUUUGUCAAUGGCACGUUUGCUUGGUUUCUUUCUUUUGAAGAGUACGCAAAUGCAACCAAUCUCAGAAUCGGAUCUCAAGAGGCUUUCCAAACUCAUCUGACCCGUUUCUUAGAGCUCCAGUCCAUGUUCAGACAAGACAUCAACUUCACUGCAGACAAUAAGAUUCAGGCCUCCCGCUUUUUUAUUCAGACACUCAACAAUACCACACCGAAGGACAUGAUGGUUAGACUCAGGAGGACAGUAGACGAGUGUCCAGUACAGGUCCUGGUGUACCACCCUGCUUUCAUCUUCUUUGACCAGUACACUGUCAUCAAGGACAACACCGUUCAAACCAUCCUGGUGGCUGUGGUCGUGAUGCUGGUCGUCUCACUCAUCCUCAUACCCAGUCCUCUUUGUUCCAUGUGGGUGGCGUUCGCAAUUUGUUCAGUCAUUGUUGGAGUGACGGGGUUCAUGGCACUAUGGGGUGUAAACCUGGACUCCAUCUCCAUGAUCAACCUCGUCAUGUGCAUCGGGUUUUCCGUAGACUUCUCAGCACAUAUUUGUUAUUCUUUUGUUUCCAGCUCCAAGAGUGAUGUCAAUGAGAAAGCUACAGAUGCCUUGGCCCGUUUAGGCUAUCCGAUACUGCAAGGAGCGCUGUCCACUAUUUUAGGAGUGGUGGUGCUGUCCAUGUCUGGGAGUUACAUCUUCAGGACGUUCUUUAAGAUCGUGUUUCUUGUGAUUACAUUCGGGCUGCUCCACAGCUUAGUGUUCAUUCCAGUGUUUCUGACUCUGUGUGGAGCCUGUGGGAAGUGGUGUUAA